CGGACGGACGGACGGACGGACGGACGGACAGACAGACAGACAAAGACACAGAUGGGCGGACGGACAGACAGACAAAGACAGAGAGAGACAGACAAAGACACAGACAGACAGACAGACAGACAGACAGACAGACAGACAGACAGACAGACAAGCAGACAGACAGAAACACUCAUCAUGGGCAGGUCAACACAUUCUGCUUCAGGAUGACUUUGAGUUUAUUGUUUCUCCACUUCCUGCUGCCCUUGGUGUCAUCCAUCAUGGCCUUAAAAGAACCUGCUGGCUGCAAAAUCCGUAUCACUGACAAAGGACUGCAGAUGUUGAAGUUUGAGACUCAGAAGUUUGUUGAAGAGGAGCUCAGUAACAUCACCAUGCCAGAGAUGAAGGGCAGUGAAGGCCGCUUUCACUACACCAUAACAGAUGUGAAGAUAACAGAACUGAAUCUGACUCAUGCUGAGUUGCAAUUCAUCCCUGAACUGGGUUUGUUGUUUGAUGUUCAGAACUCAUCCAUCUCCCUCAGCUUUAACCGUCGGAUUCUUUAUUGGUUCUUUUAUGACACAGGAAGCAUUAAUGCGUCUGCUGAAGGUGUGAACAUCAACACAGCUCUGAACCUGAUCAGAGACAAUGAAGGACGACUAAAGAUCAAUAACAUCACCUGUGAAGCCAAAAUCAGUAAAAUGAGAGCAAAGUUCAGCGGAACACUCGGGAGAGUUUAUGACUUUCUGGCGCGUUUCCUGACAACAGGGAUGCGCUUCCUCCUAAACCAACAGAUCUGUCCAGCCCUGAAUCACGCCGCUCUAGUCCACAUGAAUACAAUGUUGGAGACGAUCCCUGUGAGGUCUGAGGUGGACCAGUACAUUGGGAUAGAUUAUUCUCUGAUCGAUGAUCCAGUUGUGACAUCCCGGAGCCUUGACAUGCACUUCAGGGGGAUGUUUUUCGCUAUGGCACAUCAGAACCAGACGUUGGCAAACUACGCCGUGGACCCUGUCAUCAGAGAGUAUGACAGGAUGGUUUACCUUGCUCUGUCCGAGUACUUCUUUGACAGCGGGAUGUUUUCGUACUACACUGCAGGAAUCUUUCAGAUGGACAUAGUGAAAGAAAAGAUGCCCAAAGAUCUAGAAAUGUUGUUAAGAACCACAUAUUUUGGAGCCAUUAUGAUGUUGAACCCGGCUCUAGUGGAUUCCCCACUCGCACUGCAAAUUGCAGUCAACUCACCUCCAAAAACUUCCAUCAAAACGUCAGGUGCAACUGUUGUCAUGACAGCCACUGUUAAGGUGAUGGUGCUUCCAUCAGGUCUGUCUCCAAUCCAGCUCAGCAGCAUGACCAUGGAAACAAAGUUUAAUGCAAAAGUGUCAAUGAAAGGAAAACGUCUGGCGGUUCAUGCUGACCUCCGGAGGUUUAAAAUAUUCUCCAACCAAUCAGCCUUGGAGUCUCUGGCACUGAUUCCUCUGCAGGCCCCUCUGAAGACUAUGUUACAGAUAUCUGUGGUUCCUUUAAUUAACAACUGGACCAAACGAGGUGUUCGGAUCCCUCUGGCUGAUGGGAUGGAUUUCAUUGAGGAGGUGGUUGAAUAUCACAAUGGUUUCAUCGUCAUUGGAGCGAAUCUGCACUUCAGCAAAGGGCUGAGAGAAAUUAUCACAGGGGACAACGGAACAGAUAUCGAAAGCAAUAACAUCUAAAUGGUCUAAGUAAUAGACACACUGAAUAUGGUGUGAAUUUACACUGGCAACAUCAUUGGGAUCAGCACACUAACCCUGAAUCACCUUCUGUGAAACAACCUGCAUAAAUACUUGUUCUCCACGUGUCCACUGGACUCACUGCGAAGUACUGUAGGUACCUGGGCGCGCACACAGUCUGUGUAUGACAUUGUAUAGAAAACAUUUGGUCUUUACCAACACUGUGAAAAUUACCAUCUCAUUCAGUUUUUGAUUUGAUGUUCCACUGAUGUAUUGACCUUUUAACUAAAUUUAAUUUUAAACUUGCUCUUAUGACUGGUGAUGUAACCAGGGCAACUACGAGAAAAUACAAGGAUUGAUUUGAUAGGUUCUCAGAAUAAUGUCAAUCAAAUACCACAAACAACAUGAUUGUGUGUUUAGGCGCUCUUUAUAUUUGUCUUGAAGUGAACCACAGCUAAACCACAUUUAAAUCAGUGGCUCCAUGGGUAAAAGUGAGUUAAAUGUGCUUAAUAUAUCCAUAAAUAUUAUAAAUAUUAUAACAUGAUAAUGAUCAAUUCCUGGUCAUACUCCUGGGUAAACUGAAAGCUAACAGUGUAUCAUCACUCAUUUGUGAGUUUGUUGUGCAAGAAACAUAUUCUUCCUAUGAUAACGUUACACCGAUAAACUAAUGUUUCUUUGUCUAUUAUUAAGUGAUUAAAUAUAAUUUAACUGAAACAAA